GCAGUACGUUCACAAACGCAUUUUUGCAGAACUAGAAAAAUAAAUAAAAAUUCCUGUUUAGAAAUUGUAAUCUUGCAUUAAAAAUGUAUAAUUUUAAACCUUUAAAUAUAAAAAAAUAUCCCAAAACUCAUCAAGUUGUGACACCUGAUACAGAAUAUUGGAAAAAGCUAAGCGUACCCACGCUGGUAAAGGAGUUUGGAGCCAUUGACUAUGUCGAUUUUAGUCCCAUAGAACCGCAUUACUUUGCAGUUACCUGCUCCGUAAGAGUGCAGAUUUACAAUCCUAUUACAAAGUUGGUCGUGAAGAAUUUGUCGCGUUUCCAAGAGACGGCUUACGGUGGCACAUUUCGUCAGGAUGGACGUUUAUUGGUAGCUGGUGAUGAACAAGGUCUGGUAAAAUUGUUCGAUACCUCCAGCAAAAAUGUUUUGAGAUUGUUCAAAGGUCACAAAGCUCCCGUGCAUCGAGUGAAUUUCACAUCGGACUUGUUGCAUAUCGCUAGUUUUUCAGAUGAUAAAACUGUAAAGUUGUGGGAUGUUGCCAAUGAAAAGGCCAUACAUACAUUUGCUCAUCACCAGGAUUAUGUACGAGCAGGCACAGUAAAUCCAGUUUCAGCUGAUGUCAUUGUUUCGGGAGGUUACGAUGGUAAAAUUAAUUUGUACGAUACACGAUCAAAUGAAGUCACAUCAACUGUAGAUCAUGGUAGCCCAGUGGAGUCUUUGCUCUUUUUACCAACUGGUGGAAUCUUUAUUAGUGCUGGAGGAACUGAAAUACGAGUUUGGGAUGCUUUUGCCGGAUGUCGUUUGCUUACCAAACUUUCACAGCAUCACAAGACGGUCACUUGUCUACGUCUGGGUUCAGAUGGUAAACGUAUUCUAUCAGGAGGUUUAGAUCGUCAUGUUAAAAUCUAUGAUGUGGCCACUUAUCAAACUGUGCAUACACUUAAUUUCCCUAAUGCUGUCCUCAGUUUGGGAGUGGCUCCCAACGAUCAAACCGUCGUGGCUGGUAUGGUAGAUGGUUUAGUUUCUAUACAAAAUAUGGAAGUAUCACGUCAAAAGGAAAAAGUUCAAAAACCCAGGAGAACUCACGUUUUGGCCGGUAAAGCGAAAGUUGAAGUAGACCAUCAAAUUACCUACGAAACGAGACAUAGUUUGCAAAAAUACGAUAGACAUUUGAGACGUUAUGAAUAUGGCAGCUGUUUAAAGAGUGUGAUGACUUUGAAUGUGACGAGUAAAACGCCUGAAGUGACGGUGAGUAUAAUGCAGGAACUUAUUCAUCGUAAAGGCCUUCAUCGUGCUUUGGCAGGAAGAAGUGGCAAAUCGCUUUGCCUUAUCAUUUCUUUUAUAUGUCGACAUAUUGGAGAGCAUCGUUUUAUGCGAGUUCUUAUCGAUGUCGGCAUGGCGCUAUUGGAUGUUUACGAAGACAAAGUUCACGAGCUACCCGGCAAAGUCGCUCAAAAAUUUGUAAAUCUGUCAGUAGCUUUACGGAGACAGGUUGCACUAACUUAUGAUCUAUUGGAGUUGGAAGGCUCUUUAGAUAUGUUAAUAGCUGCUUCAGAUGUUGCCAACAAACAAGAUGAUAUGGUGCACUUUAUUAAAGACGACAAUACCGCAUCAACUCUUAUACAAUCCAUUAUGGCGAAAGAAUCAUCCAUAGUUACUGUGUAGCGUUAAGAAAGAAAGGUAGCAGACAUUUGAUAAUUAAAUUUUAUAAACUGUAUUUUAACAAAUUAUAUGUUUUAGUUUUAAGUCUUGUUAAAAUAAAUAAGAAACAUUUAGAGUGAA